AUAAACAAAACGGCCCUAACAAAGACCCGACUUGGAAAUUGAUUCUGGCCAAAAUACGACUGUUGUUCGGAAAUUUAAAUUUAAAAAAUGAAUAUUUUAAGUUUUUCGAUUAUAUCUGUUUUGUUUGUCAACGUCAUAUUGUCCAAAGAUUUACAUGUAAAAGAGAACUUCGAAUUGAAAGAUAGAGAUAACAGCAUCAGUGAUUUAACAUACGGUUAUGAUGUGCUCCCAAAUAAUGAAAGAUUCGUCAGACACGUAGAACUUGUGACUGAAAGCGUUGUUGAACAUUUGAUGAAAGAAAUUAAGAAAAGAUAUCCGAACUCAACGCGAAAUAACUCAUCGAACCUUCUACAAAGGCUGAGGAUAAAGUUACAGAAGCGCGUAAACAAGAAAAAUAAAAAAUUGAGGAAGAAACAAAAAUUUGUGAAUAAGGCCAAUAAUGUAACUAAACUUCCAUAAAUUAAUUUGGAAAAUAAAAUAGCCUUUACACAA